CGAAGUCUGAGGAUGUUCUGGAGAAGGACUCAGCAGGUCCGAAGCCUCCAGUCUCAGCUGUACCUGAUAAAGAAGCCGUGGCACGUGAAACAUUCCUGCCACCUUCUGCUACAGAUCUGAGGUAUGAGGUCAUUUUACUGUGUUCCUGUUUAAAGCUGAUUUAUUGCUUUGUGUCUCUUCUCCUGUAAUUUCAUCACUGUAACUGCACUGUUUGUGUCUUUUUAUCACGGUAACAUCAACACUGACAAAUGUGAAGUCAAGGACGCUGGUGUCCAGACAGAGGUUUCGUGCCCUCCCAACUCGCUGCUGUUUUUCUGCACAAAAAAGGUGACCUUCGAUGAUGAGCCGCUCUGUCCUGAAGUCCCUGAGAGAGAUGAGCCAGUUUCCAGGCCGUCUACCCCAGCAGGUCAUGGUGGGAGCCAGGGGGCUACGUUGGACACAGAGUAUGGAUACCGCUCAACGUCUCUGACCUCCUGCACAAACAUCCUCUCCCAAUGAGAGCUGGACUGCCUCAGAUUGCCUAACCUGAAGCAUACAUGCUACAUGGGCCCUGCUCUGCAAACUGUCCUCACACUGAGAGUCUUUACUGAGGAGCUCUGCAGCCAGCUGCAGCUGUGGAGGUUUCACCCAGAGUGCCUGCACAUCAGUCAGUUUGUGGACAUCAAAUUGAGCCGCUUCAACAACGACAGCUGGCACAAAAGCUCUGUCCUGACUGCCUUUAGAGACACGGUUGCUGCGUCUCAUCCAGAGUUUGAUGAUGAUGAUCAGAAAGACGCCCACGAGUUCCUCGUCUGUGCUCUGGACGUGCUCCAGUGUGAGUUCUCUAAGCUGCAGGCUGAAGCAGCUGCCUUGGACAAACCUUCCAUCUGUCCAGUUAGAGCUCACAUUGGCUUCACGAUUUUGAGCAAAGAGCUGCAAAAAAUGUGGUGUGCAGUUCUUUGGGCGGGAGGACUAACUCCACCUCUCCUUGGACCUGGUACAUCGAGGCUCAGUGAGCCAGUGCCUGGACUCAUACCUGAAAGGUGGCCUGUUGGACUAUGAGUGCCAGUGCGGAGCCAAGAAGAUGAAAGAGGAGCUGUCUUUCUUGAACCUGCCCAAUGUGCUGAUCCUCCAGCUGAAGCGAUUUACAUUCACUCCAUCCUUCACAGUGGAGAAGAAGAACAGUGCCAUCGUUCUGACGCAGCAGCUGGUGAUCAGCAAGGACUCAACCUUUAGUGAAGAGGAAACCGCUCGCUAUUCGUUGGUCAGCCUGAUCAGCCAUUUGGGCUCCUCAGCUUACAGCGCACCAAAAAAGGCUGCAGAGUCUGGACUCAGGGUCGAGUUUCAUCCUGCAAAACAAAAAUGAAGUUCUACAGAAGUCUAAUGAUAAAUUUCACUUCAAGGGAUCUUGGAUUAAAAGAAUGAAACUCAGUAGAUAAUGGCAACAUAGUUACACCAGUUUCCAAAAAUGACAAGUCCUAUCAGAUAUUUAGAUAUUUAUCUAGUGUAGUGUCAAAAGUCUAUUUGACACGAACAGCAACUGUGCCAUGUGUUCGUUUCCAACGCCACCAGGAUCAGGACCUUCGAUGACAAAUCAGGUAAUCUGAAGGAAAAAAAUGAGUCUUAUCCCUGACGAGCAAGUGGCAGUCGCCCCAUCAACAUGCAUUCCAUUGACAAUUUUAGCUGUCUGUUUUCAUUGCAUAGUGUUAGUGUUAGUAUAUUGGAAAUUAAAGAGCAUUCUAGUUAAUGGAGUUUAUCCAUUUAGAAAGUGUGGGGAAUCAGAAAAAAAAAAACUGGCUUCCAGUCAGCAAGAGGUGGAAGGACAAACUGGAGAAACUUGUUGGCUCAGAUGACAGUAAAAUAUCCAGAAUCAGAAGCAUUAUUUAUGUGAAUGAUGCAGAAUUCAGAAUAGCGAAGGGAAGUGAUGGCACUGAAGUCUUCUUGGGGCUGAGAGAGGACGGCACAGAAGUUGCCAUCAAGAGAAUGUCUAAAAGCAACUAUGAAGUGCUGAAGAACGAAGAAGGAAUCCUACGACUCCCUGAACUCGAUCAUCCUUAUAUCGUACGAUAUGUUGAUUUUCAGGAGGACGAGAACUUUGAAUAUCUUUGUCUGCAACUUUGUGAAUACACAUUGGAAGAAUAUAUCAGGAACAAUGACCAUGACCCAAUGAUGUUAAAGAAACUUAUCAAACAAAUUCUUGAAAGUCUAAAGGUGCUUCACUGUGGAAAUCCUAAAAUUCUUCACCGAGAUCUCAAACCCCAGAACGUUUUGAUUGAUGUUACUGGGAGGGCAAGAUUAGCUGAUUCUGGCAUAAGCAGACGCUUACUCAAAGGCCAAACAACUUUACGUACACGCAGUGCAGGAACCAGAUGCUGGAUGGCCCAAGAGACUUUAGCAGAAGAAGCAGAAGAAUCUGUGAUAUCAUACAAGUCAAGCACUGACAUCCAGGUGGCAGGCAUGCUGAUUUAUUAUAUCCUGUCUGGAGGCCACCAUCCAUUUGGUGACAUAUCCUUUAAAUGUGAGUCCAACAUUUAUGAUGGGAAGUACAGUUUGGAUCAUGUUCAAGAUGUGGUGGCAAAGGAUCUGAUCGAGUGGAUGAUCAACAAAGAGCCAAAGGACAGACCCAAAGUAGAAGAAUGCUUAAACCAUCCCUUCUUCUGGACGUCUGAAAAGUAAGGAAGUCAUGCUGAUCGAUGACUGAUAAAUAAUUUUUCCUGAUUACUGGAACAAGUUGGUAAUUUUUGCUGCUCCAGCCAGCCAGAGAAUCCCCCGCCGCCCCGCCCUCUCCUCCCUGUGCCGCAAGCAGCAGGCGCACCUCGCAAACGGAGGGCGCCCUUACUCCCAGCAAAUGGGCGAUAGA